AUGCCUCACAAGGACAGUGUAACAGAGGCCACAAAUGGAUCCAAAUACCCCUUCGUUGCUCUUUAUACCGAGUCCUUUCCCACCGAGGGCCAUGCUGCUCUCGCUGUCCGAGGCAUCUUGAAGCAGCAAGUGCCUUACCUGCUCCCAUCUGUGCACAAGGACUAUGCCGAAGAUGUCCGUUUCUAUGACUGUUGGAGCAAGCUCACGCCAUUCUCACUUGUUGAUGCUCCGAACAUUGCUCAAUCAACCGGUGCUCCCGCCACAACGGGUUUGGGUAUUCCCAAUGGCGGUCUCCAGGUCGUGAUUCCGUCUCUAGCAGUAUACAGAAAGAUUCUCGCCCAGCUUGCCCUGCCUGCCAAAAUCUUACAAUAUGACUUUGCGGAUCAGUCUCUUCUCGGGGACAUGUUCUGUGGUCGCUGGGUUGCCCUCCCUUAUGUGUACAAUGCGCUCAAGACCUUGCGGUGGGAGGGGGUUCAUGACGCGAUCUGGCGAGAUGAGCGGGUCAAAAACAUCCAUUACAUCCUCAGCCCGAAGCCUUGGGAGGAACACGGCAGUAAUGAAGGGGAUCCCACCCACGCGUGGUGGUGGGCAUUCACUCGAGAUCGACGCCAGGAUGAGAAACAGAGGGGGAUCGACGAUGGGUUCUGA